GACGUAGUUACGCCUCUACCCAGCUUCUAGUGCUAGUGCUAAUGCUAAUGGUUGGUGCUUAGCGGCUUUUUGGUUCCCGGGCAGAUAAAAUCUAACUCCUCGGUCCGUUUCCAGCCUCCAGACUUCCUGACUGUCCGCGUCGGGUCGCCGCCAUGGCGCUGCAGGGCCCGGAGGAGGUAGGCGAACAGGUUGAAGAACCGGAGGACCUGGAUGACCAGGACGCCAGCAGCAUCUCGCCAGCAGAGGAGAUAACCCUUCCACCCGGGCCCGGGGGCGAAGAGGAGGCGGAGGAGGCCUUCCUCCUGCCCUGGGACCGCUUCUCCUCCUGGCUGCACUGCAUCUGUGUGGUGGGCUUCGACCUGGAGCUGGGCCAGGCGGUGGAGGUUAUUUAUCCUCAUCAUUCCAAACUGUCAGAGAAAGAGAAAACAAGCAUCUGCUACCUUUCCUUUCCGGACUCCAACUCAGGUUGCCUUGGCGACACACAGUUCUGCUUCCGCUUCCGCCAGGGCUCCAACAGGAAGUCGUCACUGGGCUGUUUCCUGGAGAACACAGACCGAGAUGCGCCGCCCUGCCUGAAGCGGGAACAAGGCCACUACUACGGUUACGUGUACUUUCGUCAGGUCCGAGACAAAUCCUUGAAGAGAGGAUACUUCCAGAAGUCUCUGGUCCUAAUCAGUAAGUUGCCGUAUGUGACCUUCUUCCACUCGCUGCUGAAGAUCAUGGCUCCAGAAUACUUUGAGAAACAGGAGCCCUGCUUGGAGGCCGCUUGUAACGACAUGGACCGCUGGCCGCCGCCUCAUCCUGGACGAGUCCUGACUCUACCGAUAAUGGGCGUCGUCAUUAAGGUUCGUAUCCCAACCUGCUACGAUAAACCAGGAACCUCCCAGUUGGUCCAGUCUACCCAGAGCGACAGUCUAGUUUCCAUCGUGCUGCCAACCAUCCAUGAAGUGGACCUGUUCAGGUGCUUCCACCCGGUCUUCUUCCACAUCCAGAUGCUUUGGGAGUUGGUGUUGUUAGGGGAGGCCCUUGUUGUCAUGGCGCCGUCGCCAGCUGAGUCGGCGGACACCGUGCUGGCGUUAGUCAGCUGCAUAUCUCCUCUGCGCUACUGCAGCGACUUCAGGCCGUACUUCACCAUCCAUGACAGCGAGUUCAAGGAGUACACCACCAGGACGCAGGCUCCGCCGUCAGUGAUUCUGGGAGUGACCAAUCCCUUCUUUGCAAAGACUCUGCAACACUGGCCGCACAUCAUCCGCAUCGGAGACAUGAAGCAAGCGGGAGAGCUGGCCAAGCACAUGAAAGUCAAGAAACUAAAAAACCUCAAAACUCUGGACUCCAAACCGGGUGUGUACACUGCAUACAAGCCAUAUCUCAACAAGGAUGAAGAGAUCAUCAAACAGCUCCAGAAGGGAGUUCAGCAGAAGCGACCGUCAGCGGCCCAGAAUGCAAUUCUCCGACGCUACUUCUUAGAGCUGACUCAGAGCUUCAUCAUCCCUCUGGAGCGGUAUGUUGCCAGCCUCAUGCCUCUCCAGAAGUCCAUCAGUCCUUGGAAGAGUCCUCCUCAGCUCCGGCCUUUUGUCCAGCAGGACUUCAUGAAGACCCUGGAGAAAGCAGGACCCCAGCUCACGUCCAGACUCAAAGGAGACUGGAUCGGACUCUACAGGCAUUUCCUAAAAUCCCCAAACUUUGAUGGCUGGUUCCGCAGCAGGAAAAGAGAGAUGACUCAGAAACUGGAGGCUCUGCACCUGGAGGCUCUAUGUGAAGAGGACCUUCAGCAGAGGAUCCAGAAGCACACAGAGGUGGAGGCGGUCGAUCUGGUUCUGAAGCUGAAAGACAAACUGAACCAAGCAGAGAGGGAGCAGCUCCCGCUUCGUCCGGGGACCCUAUCCAAACUCAGAGCCCACAUCGAGGCUGUCAUCCUGGCCUUACCAGAGGACCUACAGGGCAUCCUCCACAAGCCCCCCACCUCAUGAUCCUCCUAUGUUUAGCCUUUCAGAAGGUAAUAGGUCUGUUGUAGGUGGGGCUGGGUCCCCGCUGGGUCAGACUGGGGGCUCACUGAGCUCUGGGAUCAUGAGGUUUAAAUCGAAAUACUGGACGGCCUAGAGCUGCCAGAUGAAGUCAUAUGGAACGGAGAGAAAGGAGAGCUGUGUGGACUCAAGUUCUCGCACAGUUCACUACUAACCCUGAGCCGGGUGGGGGGGGGAUUAACGGCCCCCAGCUGACUUUUUUUACUCUCUGAUUUUUAACUUCAGAACAUUUUUGUUUUUUAAUUUUGACCUUUUGCCAUCGGGCUGUUUCAGCCUAACAGUUUUCGGUUUUCAUCGAUUGUUGUAAAGAAGUGCUGUUCAUCGCCACCAGGACCAGGGAGUCCUACCCUCACAAACACUGAUUAAUGCAAAUGAACUAAACCGAGGAGAGCCAAGAAGUGCAUUAUAUUUAUAUUUCACUAAGAUCUUUAUCUUUUUAACACCUUAAACCCAAACAGCAUCCAGAACCAGCACCCCUGAUAUAAUCAGCACUAAUCUGCUGUAAAGCGUCGCUCAGGGGCCCAUCACACCGCUACCAGUCUCACAUAUCUCUGCAAAGGAAGCUACAACUGGUCGAGGAUCUCUGCAAAAAAUAUCCUGCAACCUGCUAAGUGCAAAUUUUACUGGGUUUUUCUGUGUAAUUUUAACUGAUCUGAGUCCAGCUUAAUACGGUGGGUGAGGGGGAAGAAUAUAUGAUAUGUGGCAAUAUAUGAUUUCAUAGCAAAAAAGGUUCUGCAAAUCAAGACUAACACACAAAAGAAAAAAAAAUCACACAGAAAAAAUGUUGCAAAGGAAAAAAGUUG